UAUUUAUGUAAACGUGUAAUUUAUAAAUUAAUUUAGACUAAAACUUUCAGUAAUACAACUCUUAUAUCGCAAUUUAUAAAGUGAUAAAGUGUAACAUUGGUGGCCAUUACAAAACCUAAACUUUUUAUCAGAACAAAUGUCCAUUUGAUGUUUCGGCGACGUUGUGACUAAUCUCACGGAAAGCUAACUAAAAAUCGCGUAUUGUGCUUUUAUUUACUGCAUAUAGGAAUCCUAAAGUGCUGUGAACUUAAUUAUUGAGAAUCCUUGUUGUAAAUUAUUUCAAAACGUUUUGUGCCGAACGACAAUUAUUGGGGUUGACUUCUCACAAGGAACUGUCAAUUGUUACAUUUUUUCGAUACAUUCAUUUCUUUUAUCGACAAAUAUUAAUUAGCCGAACACGUAUAACAUUAGUUACCCGAAGAUUGGCUGUCUGCAUGGCGAUUUUGGUAAUUUGACUAAGUUGGACACCCACAUCGCUUGUUGUUACUCUUCAAUGAACAUAACAUUGGCACGGCGACCUCUAUUCACUCUCGCUCCCUUUCUGAGUAAAAUCGUGUAAAAUCAUUAAUUUGAAUUGUGUACCAAAGAAACUACAGUUAUCAUUUUGAGAUUUCCGAUACGAGUCGUCAGGUGUCGCCGAAACAUUUUGUGUUCACUUGAAAAAUUGUGUUUGCAGUGUAACAAAAAUGAUUUUGAGAUAAAUUGUCUAAUAGUGCAGUGGUCAUAGUAUUGAAGUGAAGAAAAAAAUAGCAAUAAUAAAAAAGUGACAAAAGUGUUGUGUUGGAUUGUGUUAUGGCGACGCGUCGCUGGCUGGUGUCGUGGAGGCUGUGGUGACAUGGGCUGCGCUGCGGCCCCGACAGACGCUGGGAACUGGGAGUGAGCUAGUGCUGGGCUUAGAGCCUGCACAACAAGUCUUGUAUUAUGAAUAAGCGUGACAGCAGUAAAGACAAAGAACGACAGAGUGACGACAAGAGAACAUCUACCGCAACCGGUGCGGUGGGCGGGCGUGGUGUGGGCGGCAGCAGCGCAAUGCAUACGUCGAGGCAUUCCGUCACCUCGUCUUCGGGCGUCCUUAUGGUGGGGCCCAAUUUCCGCGUCGGCAAAAAGAUCGGCUGCGGAAACUUCGGGGAACUCAGGCUCGGAAAAAAUCUCUACAACAAUGAACAUGUAGCGAUUAAAAUGGAGCCUAUGAAGUCAAAGGCUCCACAAUUGCAUCUAGAAUACCGAUUUUACAAGUUAUUAGGCACGCACGCGCCGUCGACAGCGGAGGGCAUACCGGAGGUGUAUUACUUCGGUCCUUGCGGUAAAUACAACGCACUGGUGAUGGAGCUACUGGGGCCUUCGUUGGAAGAUCUCUUCGAUCUGUGCGGCCGUCGAUUCUCUCUAAAGACUGUGUUAAUGAUCGCUAUGCAGUUGUUACAUCGUAUCGAGUAUGUCCACACGAGACAUCUAAUAUACCGUGAUGUAAAACCGGAAAAUUUUUUAAUAGGUAGAACUGCAACAAAAAGGGAAAAAAUCAUUCACAUCAUUGAUUUUGGUUUGGCCAAAGAAUAUAUAGACUUAGAGACAAACAAACAUAUUCCAUAUCGGGAACACAAGUCACUUACCGGGACUGCAAGAUACAUGUCAAUAAACACACAUUUAGGAAAAGAACAAUCUAGACGCGAUGACCUAGAGGCUCUUGGGCAUAUGUUUAUGUAUUUUUUACGUGGUUCCUUACCCUGGCAGGGUUUAAAAGCUGAUACACUUAAAGAGCGAUACCAAAAAAUUGGUGACACCAAGCGAGCGACGCCUAUUGAGGUGCUGUGCGAAGGGCACCCCGAGGAGCUGGCGACGUACCUGCGCUACGUGCGGCGGCUGGACUUCUUCGAGACGCCCGACUACGACCAGCUGCGGCGGAUGUUCCGCGACCUGUUCGAGCGCCGCGGAUACGUCGACGACGGCGAGUUCGACUGGACUGGCAAGACCAUGUCUACCCCCGUGGGUUCGAUACCGACCGGUCAUGAGAUCGUUGUAUCACCAAACCGAGACAGCCAUCAGCCCUUCCAUAAGGAUGAUUUGUGUGAUUAUAUGAUUGGUUUGGUUGAGGACGAUGAGGCGGCGCUAAUUUCCGGAGAGAUGACAGCGUUGGCGAAGACGAAGGAUUUCGGCACGGGCGGCACGGCGAACACGGGCGGUAACUGGCCGCACAGUGGGAAGGCCACGCCGCUCAACACCGGACAUCUCACGCCCGCCGACAGGCACGGAUCUGUGCAGCUAUUGAAGAAUAAACAUUUUCGGUAUGUGAAAUUUCCCGGAUCGGUAUCCACGGUGGUAAGUUCAACGAACGGCGAGCUGGGUGCGGACGACCCGACGGCGGGCCACAGCAACACGCCCAUCACGCAGCCCCACCACGAGGUCGACGUGGUUGACGACACCAAGCAAUCUGUAUAUUCCAGAUGCUGUUGUUUCUUCAAACGCAAAAAGAAGAAGUGCGCCGCGCGCGCCGGCAAGUGACGCGAGAGCACGUGACCUCCCCCCCCCACCCCCGCACACACACACACACCCGGUUGCUCUGCACACACACACACAGCUGGCGCGACUCUGUCUACGUACAUGUACUCUACGUUGGCUACCACCCUCAUUUCAAAACCGUUUAUUGAUGGUUUGAAAUCAUGCCACAUGUUUAUGUUUUUGCAUAAAAUCGUGUGAAACGUGUACCCCCAAUACGCGCUCGUCACGUUGUCCUAACACGGUGGUACUUAUAGGCUUCACACGGCCGCGUUUUAUUAAGGCGUAAUGUUACAGCCGCUGUUGAUUAGACUGUUUAGAUGCUAUUUAAAUUAUAGUGACGACGAAAGAACGCGGUUAAAAUAUUGUAGACAUCAUUUCGGUGAAUGAAAUAUUUUUGUUAUAUAGUGUAAAUGUUGACAGAAGUUUUAAGGCAAUAAAAAGAGGGAUGAGAAGUACGUUGUUAUUAGUUAUAAAGUUGAUAUAAUAAUAUUCUUUCGUCGCACUAUAACUUAACCGAUAUGUUUAGAGCAACUGGGUUUUUAUGUACCAAACAUGUAUUGCAGAUUACUUUAACAAUCGUAUGCUACCCGAUCCUCGAUAAUCAGAAUUUUUAAUCAAUAUUAUUUUAGAUUUUGUAAUUUGAGUAAUCCAUAAUGCUAACUCAUUAUACGAAGCUAUCAUAAGGUUUAGUUUCAUUUUGACCUUACGAAACAAAGGUGCAUAUAAAUGUAUUGAGUGGUUGGCAAUCAUAUAUUACAGAACAUAGUAUACAAAACGUUAUACUCGUAUGUACCCGUUAUAUACAUUUAUUACGUUAAUUGUUAAUAUAUAGAAAACACUUCCAUUCGAAUAACAAACAUUACAAUUUUCUGUUGUCACUGCUGUUGACAUUGUACAAUGGUUGGUUAAAUUUCGUAUGACUCUCACUAGAAAAUUGAUAGUUUGUAUUAGUUAUUCUGAUACGGUAGAUAAAUUAUACAUUCGUCGGAAUCCCCACUUGAGUGUUAUGGGUGGGGUUCUGUGGAGCGGUCACUGCUAGGCCCGGAGUUGUGUUCCGCGGGACUGUCCCCGGGCCGCCCUCGGCUCGGUCAACUGAUGUCAAUUCAAUCGUUGUCUGCAACACCCUACGUAUCUCCCCGAUUACCACUGUAAUUAACUGUAACGUUUUAAGUUAGUGAAAUAGGGUCCCCCAAGCUAAUACUGUUGAAACGGGCGUUUAAUGUAAGCAAUAAAAUGUUUGAAUUGUUUGCCGUGUGCGGUUGGCAUAAAGUUUAUAUUUUUGUGUUCCCGUCCGUAGUGAAUUACGUUUAAUUUUUCACCAAAACUUGUAAAUUGUAUGUUGUCUCUGGCGAGACGUGAGAUUUACUUUACCUCAUCGACACUCGCAUUACGUCCAUGGCCACUCACUCGCAUCGCCUCGACGAUGCCCAUUCCAGCACAUAGUUCGAACAAAUCACAGAUUUGUGCAUUAGCUCGCUCGUUCAUUAUUCAUCAACACCCGUAGUUUAACAAAUACUUACUGAGUAGUUGUAUAUCGCUUUGUUUCCGUUAUUAAUGAAGCAGUGAAAUAUUAUUUUUGUACGUUGUUCGUGUUCAUUACUAUUGUGGUUGACUUCGAUACGUGCACGAGUAAUGGAUAAACAGCCAAUAUUGUGACUUUAUGAUAAGUUUGUGUGUUGAUGAAUUACGUGUUUCGUCCGCCGCGGGUUGAAUGUGGCGCUCGCGUCCGCGUGCCUGCAGGUUGUGAUUAACGAGUCCGCUGAGGUCAUCGAUACUGUAUUGAUGAAGUAUUAAUGGCUAUGUUGCAAUAUGCAAGCCUAUGGCCCGAUAUUUGUUUGAGAGGUAUUUACAACAGUUUCUUCGUAGGUUUAAUUUUAUCUUUCGCUGUCUCCGUGUCACGUGACGCGAGGGACCAUUCAACCCGCAGCUCGUAUGAGUACUUUUAGAUUAUAACUUUAUUUAGUCAUUGUUUACCUAAGUUCGAUUUGUAUGGAAACGAAUAUUUAAAUUGGCUCCGUUCCUAUAGUGACGCCACAUAAUUUCCUAUCUUUAUUUAUAUCUAUUAUUAUAGUUUUUUAAGAGAUAACCAGAAAUUUAUUAAAAUAAGAGAUAACGUGUAAGUAACGGUUUACUUUUUCAAUACAUGCUUUUGUGACAAACAUGACCUUUGACGGUUGAUUGAUUCGAUAAAUGUUAUUAUUAAGUGUGCAAUAAUUUAUAUAGAAAAUCAAUACAAUAGUGUUAAAACGUAAUUUGUUUCAAUCGGUGUACCCCGUCGAGUCCCGAGUGAACCGGCUUCUAUAUUCCUACAAGACUGAAUGAAACAUUUCACCUUGUGUACAAAUAAACAUACGUGACUCUGGGCUCAUGUCAAUUUGUAUUGUUGCAAUUCACUUUUGUUUGAUUGUAAGUCUUAUGACAGAAUAUAUCAUUUUGAUUAGACUAAUGGAAGUAUUGAGUAGUCAGCGUCGGAGUGUCGUGUGGGCGUGGCCGCCGCCCUGCAGUAGUAGCGGGCAGCGGGGCUCGCGGGCAGCGGCCCAGUUAAUUAUAGGCGUCGUAUUGCGACGAGACUGAGAUCAUGCGUAGCGCGGGCCUCACCCGCCAGAGUGCAGCCCGCCAUCCCGCGUUAAUGUUAUAUACGAAUUCAAAUGUCACGAGAUUCAUGUGGCCACACGACUAGGGCGGUCGCUAACAUGGUGUAUAAAUUGUACAGCUUUAAAAAAAACAUUUGUAUAUUUUUGCUUGGACUGGAAGCGGCAAGGUUUCGACAAGCGUGAUUUGCAUAGGAGUAAGAUAUUUGUAGGUGUCGCUGUCAUCGACGCGGCGCCGCAGCAACAUGCCGAAUUGUUUUCAUAUAAUCGUACGUAAAGUGCGUUGCGGCGCUGCGCCGGUGGCUCCGACAUCAGCGUAAGGUAUUUUGAAUUAGUCACGGAUAUGUAGUCAUCACAAAAUUGUAUCCAAUGCGUUAGAAGUUAUUAAUUUGGCUAAGUACGUUUGAAGUGUUUUAUAACAUAAAAAAAUAAACAUCUUGUUGUGUCGUUUUCAUAUUUUUUAGAAAAGUAUAGAUAAUGCGAAUAUUGUCGAUAUGUAAAAGGAAAAUUUUUAAAUCAAUUCUUUAAUAAUGGUUUUUGAUAAAUUAUUGUAAACAAAUUGAAGUAUUCUUCUUGUUAAAUGGAUCGUUAAUUCUUAUCGUACAACCAUUGCAGUAUAAUCGAGUGUAAUAAACCUUAAGUCUUAAUACAUGAUUAAUACCAUAAUUGUACCUAAUUGUUACUUUCUAUUUGCUAGAUAGAAUAAUCAAAUUAGAUUGGGUAUUAAAGUCGAAGUGGAGCGUGUGAUCUGCAGAUUUGAACGAACGAGCUCUUCGUGUGUGUAUAGUGAAUGUUAUAAGUAACAAAUUGUUGGUAAAGAGAGACUAUGGUAGGUCGCUGUGUCCAGCGAGCAGGCGAGAGCGGGCGGACGCUUCACGUAGCCGUCUCGAGUCCGGGAGCAUUGUAAAUUAACACUAGCAUGGUACGUGGUGACGUGUGAACUGUCGCUGAUCGCUUGAACAUUCACAACUACUAUCGUGACUAAAAUGUAUUCGAGAGUAAUAAAUAACUACAUUAAAGUGCACUUUUUUAUUUUAUUGCAUACUUCGAAUUGAAUUUCUGCUAUGUAAAAAUAACAUGAUUAUUUAUUGUAAAGGGCGCACGACGCGUGCGGUGCGUUGCCUCUUCCUCCAGCGCUCGCGGUAAUCACUUGUAGUUAAUUUAAUUUUAAUACUUCGCUUACUAAGUAAGUCUUGUUCAGUCGGCUUGUGGACGCACGAGGAAGAUUAUUGAAUUGUAGUUAUUAACGUUUAUGUAUUAUACAUGCUUUUCCAACAGAAUUGAAUUGAAUGUAAAAGUAAGUAUAAAAAUAAAAUUCAUAUUUAUAGAAACAAUUCAGUGUUUAUUUUUCUGUAAGAUGGUAAAUAUGGGAUAUGUAUUCAGUUAUGUCACAAACCUUGUUCGAAAUUACGAAAAUAUUUGUUAAUUCAUAAUUAAAUAAAGCUUAUUAUAAGAUAA